GACGUCAUUCGGAUAGUGGGAAGGAAGUGACGUCGCAUAAUUGGCGAAGCAACACCAGCACGUCAACAAGACGGAGAAGAUCAAACACCAACAACUACACCUACACAUACAACACUCACCAAUGAUGCCGGAAGUAAAGACAUACGAGGUCACAGAGCCCUACAUCCGGCUCACAUGUGCGCUGGGCGAGGCCCCCUUCUGGGAAGAAUCCACGAACACGGUGCGGUUUGUCGACAUUGAGAAGAAAGAGCUGCACCGCGUCGACAUCUCAGCUGGGCCAUCGAGCCAUAAAGUGGUCAAGAACUUGGAUAUUUCGAUAGGAUGUACAGCGGACAUUGAGGGCAACGACGAGGAGUUCAUCUUCGGCGGUAAAUACGGCUAUGGCAUCGCCAACAAGCAAACCGGCGCCUACCGCUGGGUGAAAAAGGUCUGGUCCGACGACGAGAUCAAAGCCGGCAAGCCAGACAAGUUCCGCGGCAACGACGGGGCUGUGGAUUCCGCGGGCAGGUUCUGGGCGGGCUUCAUGUUCGACCCUAUGGUUUCGGAUAUGAGUUCUGAUGGUGCCGUCUUCCGUCUCAACCCUGACAUGACGCUCGACCGGCCCCUCUCCAACAUCACCAUCCCCAACGGCACAACCUGGUCCCAACCCGACACAACCAUGUUCUUCGCCGACAGCCCCGAGAAGACAAUCUACCGCUUCGACUUCGACGCUUCGACCGGCCACGUGACAAACAAGCGGCCCUUCUUCACCAUGCCGAGCGACAACCGCUACGGCGACGACGCCGUGCCAGAUGGCCACUGCAUCGACGAGGAGGGGUACAUGUGGACGGCGUUGCACGCCGGGGGCCGCGUGUUGAGGAUCUCGCCGGAGGGUGAGGUCGUUGCGGAGAUUAAGCUCCCUACUCAGCAGCCUACUUGCCCGUGCUUUGUCGGCGAGGAUCUGUUUAUCACGAGUUCGGGCGGUACGAGUGGAGAGGGGGGAAAGCCUUCGGAUGAGUUUGCCGGGUGUGUGUUCAAGGUCCACGUUGGGGUCAGGGGGCUGAAGAGGUUCAAGUUCAAGGGUGGUGUUGACGUGGAGGGCGGGAAGGUGGAUGGCAAGACUGUUGGGGAGUGAGGGGAGAAGGGGAUGGUUUGCGUCGAGGAAAGAGACGGUAAAGCGAAAGGAAAUUUACCAUGAGAUGAAAUUCUACUC